GCGGCAGGUUGGAGGAGGACGAACUGGGAGGAGAUAAUCCUUCGGUAUUUCAGGCUUUUAUUUCUCCCGGCGUCCAUUUGGGCUCCAACGCGAUGGCUUUUUUGACCCAAGAGUCCGUACUCUCUUUUCUACUGGAGCGGGGAGGUAAAGUGAAGAACGCCGAGCUUCUCAACCACUUCGGCGGCCUCAUCCACGGCGGCGCUCCCGCAGCGAAGCAACACAAUAGGGAGCUUUUCAAGAAGUUGGUCAACAGCGUGGCGGUGGUGCGACACAUCGACGGAGUCAAGUUCGUGGCGGUGAAGAAACGGUACCAGGACUUUGUGGUGCAAGAUGAGAGCACUUGUACAAGACUUGAUGCUGCUCAAGUGCUUUAUUCGGACUUGGAGAACAAUAACAACAACGUGUGCUACCCCUCACGCAUGAAGCUUCACGGGACUUUGCAAAGAAGUACCUCCAGCACGACUGUUCAGGUGUUGAACAUUUGUGGAGAUCAAGCAUCAGGAGCCGUGUUUGCUGUCAUUGCGGUCGCGUCUCCACCGAAAGGGUCCACACCUCCAGAGAAAGUCACCUCAAGAUCUUGUCUGGAUCUUGUCCGCCCCGUGUGCAAUAAAAAUGAAGCUCCACAAAGGUGCUCAAACAUGGAGUCAGAUGAUGUGCAGACCCCAAGUGUUCUCCGAGGCAGCCAAAACAAGAGUCUGAACCCGGUGGAAGAAGCCGAGUGCUGUGGGUCAGUGCCUCUGGAUCCCCUGGCCCAUGAGUGGUUGGUGAAGUGUGCUGCCGGGCUGUGGGGUCACGUCCACGCCAUGCUCCUCCAGGAUGGCCGCCUCGCUCAGAAGAAGGACUUCAUGUCGGGUUUCACGGCGUUGCACUGGGCCGCCAAGGACGGGAACGCCGAUGUGAUCCGCAAGCUGGUGGACGUAUCCAGGAGGAGAGGCGUGCACGUUAACGUCAACGGGAAAGCCCACGGGGGCUACACGCCGUUGCACAUCGCCGCCAUACACGGCCGCACGGAGGUCAUGCUUCUUCUGGUGCGGCGUUACGGGGCCAGCGUUCACGAGAGAGACAAUAGCGGCAAGAAGGCCCACCACUACUUGGGGAGAGCUGUUUCGGAGAAGGUCAGGGCCCUCGUGGGAGGCGUGCAGCUAUCAAAAUAUUGGGAGAAGACGGAUGAUGAGGAUUACAAAGAGGAGGUUAAAGGUCUCAACAGCAUCAGUAAGAUCUUCCAGCCUCACAGGAAACAAAAGCAGGCAACAAGACUCAAUGACUAGUCAGCCAUUGCUUGUCACAAACAUAAGCUAACACUGUGUUCAUUCAUUCAUUCAUUUUCUACUGCUUAUCCUCACGAGGGUGGUCAAAGACAAAAUAAGAAGACAAAAAGUUACCACUUCCACACAAAAUAGGAGGAGAACUCAUUCAUUCAUUCAUUUUCUACCGCUUAUCCUCACGAGGGUUGCGGGGGGUGCUGGAGCCUAUCCCAGCUGUCAAGCAAUUUAGCGAGAGGCGGGGUACACCCUGGACUGGUGGCCAGCCAAUCACAGGGCACAUAUAGACAAACAACCAUUCACACUCACAUUCAUACCUAUGGACAAUUUGGAGUCGCCAAUUAACCUAGCAUGUUUUCUUCGUAAUGAAAUUUUUUUAUCAUUUCAUAUUCCAGGUAUUCCUCAAAAAACACGUUUUUGAUAUCAUGCCGUUCACAUUUUUAACUUACCUUUUAAGAAUUUUUUGUUUUUGUGUUACUACCCCAACCUUCCAUAAGUGGGUCAAAAAUGACCCGCAUGCAUUUUCUAUGGAAUCCAAUCGGAACCUUUGAUUCUUAUCAACUUUGGCUGUCAGGAAUAAAUUAACUGUAGGCCACACAGACUAUAUCAGAAGUGUCACCCCCUCAGGAAGAUUAUUUUACACAUAAAGUAUAUCAGUACACAUAAGUAUUAUCUUCAUAUAAUAUUGUGUAUGUGUCUUUCAUGACUGUUAGUAUUAUCAACAAAUUAGCCUACUUUAUAACUAGUUGACACUAGCUGGCUAACAUUACUAUAUGUAUUGUUGGGCAUUACUCUUUUGUUUUCUCAUCCAUGCCUUGACUGUUAGAUACACAGCUGAAAUGGUCCUACAGAUGCUGGAUGAUGAGGCAGUAACGGAGUUGGACGGGGUUGGAUCCUCACAUUUUCUAUUGUUGUAUGGGGUCAUUUUCUUUUUCAAAGAUGUAAAAAAGUGAAAAAUUAAGAUGUUUCUAACAUGAAAUCAUUCUUGUGUGGUCCUAAGUAUAAUACUAAAUAUCACUAAAGUGAUUAUUCCUAACCAAAAUGGCAAAACUGGCACAAAAACGCAUUGAUUCUAGUAUGGGUCAUUUUUGACCCACUUAUGGAAGAGUGUAGGGUCCAGUCACUCGUGCAUCUAAGGGUUAAAUCUCCUUAGGCAGAGGGUUCAGUUUUUCAUUCCUCCUUCUGUCAUUGUUUGCAUGCUAUACUCAUUAAAAUAUGAAAACCUAUAAAUGUUUGGGCGGUUUUAGUUAAAGCAGACAGUUUUUUUCAUCUAUGUGAUUUUGACAAAGAUCAGAUCAAAUUUGAUGGUGAUUUUAUGCAGAAAUGUGAGAAAUUCCAAAAGGUUCAGAUACUUUUUCAUACCACUGUAGCUACUGUUAUAUUGUUCUUUCAUCCAUUUGGAGUAUUACAAUACAAGUGAAAAUUCUGCUGUCCAGGUGGCAUAUACUAUUGUGUUUGUCUACAAGGAUAUGUAGUGUUAGUUAUUCCUUAGAUCCUGUAAAUACAAAUGUCCAGCACUUGUUGAAAGCUCUUGUUAUCUGUACAGUGUGUCCCUAUUGGAUGUAUUUAUAGAAUAUAUUUAUUAUUUUGUUAGAAAGUGUUUUGUAACAUUACUGUCAUGUGUUUGUUUUUGUAAUCUGAUUAAAGAU